AAAGAAAUUAUUCCAGCUGAGUAAACGAUCAGUUGAAAAGAAAUUCUCUAUCAGUUAAGUCAUUCGCGUGUAAUAAUAAUGAUACUCAUUUUGAUAGUAGUCAGUGCACUAAUUCUGCUUCUUAGUAGAAUCAAUUAUCGAAAAAUAUAUUUAGCAUUUAAAUUGCCAGGUCCUUUUCCACUACCUAUAGCUGGAAACGGUUAUGUAUUCAUUAACAAGUCCUCCUCAGAACAGCUACGAAUUGCUGAAAAGAUAAUAAGAGACAACGGUGAAAUCGUUGGUUUAUGGUUGCGGUCGGACUUCCACCUUCUUUUGUCAGAUCCGAAAGCUAUUGAGACUCUGCUGAGCAGUAAGAACUACAUAGAAAAAUCAAUUCUGUAUAAAUUCAUCACACCUUGGCUAAACGAAGGACUGCUCCUGAGCAAGGGAGCAAAAUGGUUUCAACGAAGGAAACUGUUGACACCAGCAUUUCAUUUCAAAAUUCUGGAGCAAUUUGUUGAAGUCUUUGAUCGUCAAAGUGACUAUCUCGUUAACAACUUAAAUCGAUACAGUAAAGGUGAGAAAGUGGAAUUGUUUCCACUAGUCACAAACUAUGCGUUGGAUGUGAUUUGUGAAUCGGCCAUGGGAACACAACUGUCUGCGCAGCAGUCUAUGAACCAGGAAUAUGUGUCUGCCGUUAAGAAAAUGUCUCAUGUUAUACACUUCCGCAUGACGAAAUUCUAUCUACGAGAAGAUUGGAUAUUUCGCCUAACUUCAUUGUACAACGAAGAGAAAGAAGCGCUCAGACUACUUCACGGUUUUACCGACGAUGUAAUACAAAAAAGGCGAAAGAGUUCGAUUGCACCCACCAAAGCUUUCAACCCUGACGAUUUCGAUGAGUCAAUCGGCGAGAAAAGGAAAAUGAAUUUACUCGACAUCCUACUGCAAUCGACAAUCAACGGGGAACCGUUGAGUGACUUGGACAUUCGGGAGGAAGUUGAUACGUUUAUGUUUGAGGGUCACGAUACCACUUCAUCGGGAAUAAUAUUUUGUUUGUACAACAUUGCUAAAUAUCCCGAGGUCCAACGGAAAUGCUUUCAAGAAGUCAGAGAAGUUUUGAGCGAUGAUCGUCAACAAGCCGUAUCCUUGACGCUGCUGAAUAAUUUGAACUAUUUGGAUUUGGUGAUAAAGGAGACGCUGCGUUUGUUUCCCUCAGUUCCCUUCAUUGGUCGGAAAUUACGAGAGGAAACUGAGAUAGGUGGGUACACUAUACCGAAAGACACUGAGGUGGUGAUUCCCAUUUAUUCAAUGGGUCGUAAUCCAAAGCUGUUCGCCGAUCCGUUGAGAUUUUGGCCGGAACGAUUUUCGUUGGAAAACAGUGGCAUUAACGACACAAACUAUUUUACGUACAUUCCAUUUUCUGCGGGUCCUCGCAACUGUAUCGGUCAGAAAUUCGCUGUCUUAGAGAUUAAGAGUGUGAUAUCGAAAAUAUUGAGACAUUUUGAGAUAUCGCUGGCGGAGGACAGUGUGAAUCAACCAUUGUUAACAGCUGAACUUAUUUUGUUUUCGGAGAGUAAAAUCAAUUUUCAUUUGAAACCAAGAUUGUACUAAAACAACUAUAAAUGUAAGUCGGACUGGUGGAAGGUUCUUUUGUUUUAAAUGUAAUUGUUAGGAAGAAGUAAUUCACAGAGAACACAAGUAAUUUGUUUAAAUAAAUAUUUGCAGGGACAAAAUUGUUAAACUAAUUAAAAUUUGGUUUAAAUUGCUGCUUCCUUCAAUUUUCCUUCGAAUCAAGAAGUACAUUAUCAAGACCG